AUGGUGAUAAACAUUUCUAUCCCAUUUGAUGACCACGGCUUCUUUGUGCUAAUUGGACUAUGGAUAAUUCAUAUCAUCUACAACCAUUCACUACUACGUUCCCCCAUGUACUUUUUCUGGCUUUCCUGGAUGCAUGUACUCUUUUCUUCUACUGUUACACCCAAGAUAAUUAUAGAUUGUUUUUAUGAAAGGAAGACCAUCUCUUUUGAAUGUUGCAUGACACAACUGUUUACAGUACACUUCUUCACAGGGGCAGAAGUAAUUGUCUUGGCAGCCAUGGCCUAUGACCGCUAUGUGGCCAUUUGCAAGCCUCUAUUCUUCCAUUAUGACCAAAGGCUCUGUGCUGUUUUAGUGUUGGUAUCUGGGGCAGGAGACUUUUUGCAUUCUAUCAUACAAAUUAUAUUCACAUUGCAGCUGCCUUUAUGUGGAACCAAUAUUAUUGACCACUACAUGUGUGACUUGUUCCCAUUACUGAAGCUUGCCUGCACUGACACACACAUUUUUGUCCUUUUGGUGUUUGUCAACAGUGGGGCUAUUUGUAUUAUAUUCUUCUCAUUAUUGCUUGUCUCCUAUGGUGUUAUAUUGUUUUCUCUGAGAGCCCACAGUUCUGAAGGUCUAUAUAAAGCUCUCUGCACCUGUGGAUCCCAUAUUACAGUUGUGUUUUUGUUCUUUGUCCCGUGUAUAUUAAUAUAUGCAAGACCUACAUCUGCAUUGUCCUUUGAGAAAAAUAUACUUGUAUUUGUCAAUGUUUUGACACCAUUGCUCAAUCCUAUGGUUUAUACUUUCAGAAACAAGGAAAUGAUGAAUGCCAUCAGAAAAAUGUGGAAGACAUUUACAGUGGUUUCUGAUAAAUUUUAA